UCCGGGUUCGAACCCUCUCAGCAUGUAGAGGAGGAGACACCUGGACCGACACACGGGACACACGCACGGUACCGAUCCGUGACCAGUGCAGCAUGGGGAACCUGAUCAAAGUGUUGACCAGAGACAUCGACAACAAUGGUGGAAACUUCUUCCUGGACUUUGAGAACGCUCAGCCCUCACAGUCGGAGACGGCCGUGUGGGAGAAGGUGAACGAGGUGCUGAUGGAGGCCCGGGUCAUCCUGGAGGACCUGCAGGCGUACAGAGGAGCAGGAGAGGAGAUACGACAGGCCAUCCAGAGUCCUGGAGUGGAGCGUGUGCAGGAGAAGGCGUGGUCAGCCGUGGUUCCUCUGGUCGCUAAACUGAAAACCUUCUAUGAGUUUUCCCAGAAGCUCGAGUCCAGUUUGCAGUGUCUCCUGGACGUCCUCACCAGCUCCGGCUCCACUCCCACUCAACAUCUGGAGCAGAAACAGGCCCUGGCUCGUCAGUUCGCUCACAUCAUGCACUUCACGCUGCGGUUCGACGAGCUCAAGAUGACCAACCCUGCCAUCCAGAACGACUUCAGCUACUACCGCCGAACCAUCAGCCGCAUGCGAAUCAACAACCAGUCGGGCGAAGCCAGCAACGAGGUCAACAACGAAAUGGCCAAUCGGAUGUCUCUGUUUUACGCCUGCGCCACGCCGAUGCUGAAGACGCUAAGCGACGCCACGUCAAAGUUCGUGUCAGACAAUCCAGAUGUUCCACUUGAAAACACGACAGACUGUCUGAGCACGAUGGCCAGUGUCUGUAAAGUGAUGCUGGAAACACCGGAGUAUCGCAGUCGCUUCACCAGUGAGGAGACGGUGUUGUUCUGCCUCCGUGUGAUGGUCGGCGUCAUCAUCCUGUACGACCACGUUCACCCGGCCGGCGCCUUCGUUAAGACGGCCAACAUAGACAUGAAAGGCAGCAUCAGAGUGUUGAAGGAGCAGCCGCCCAGCAGCGUGGAGGGAUUACUCAACGCUCUCAGGUACACGACCAAGCAUCUGAAUGACGAGACUACCUCCAAGCAAAUCAGAAACAUGUUGCAGCCAAACUGACUCAACUCCAGAGUUUUGGUCCGAAUUUCAAAAGAACUACUGAACAAACCUUUGUCUAAAGUUUGUCUGUUUAACCUCAUUUGAUUUUACUCUCAUUUAUAUAAAAAACUUUUGUUCUUGUAAAAAUCAGCUGCAUCACAUCAGAUUUACAACAAAUACAAUAUGUUCACUGGGAAUGUUUAUUAAAACUGUCAUUAGUGCAGUGGAGGUUUUUUCUUUGUUGUCAUCAGUUUACAGUGAACUGAUCGUUCGACCCCUGGAGAGCAGAGAGAAAACACACGUUUUCAGCCUCUUGUGGCCAAAAUGAGUAUUACAAAGACAAACACUGACAAAAAUACAGUACGUGAAAACAUUUAUUUCCUCCAAAUGUUUUCCUCAAAACAUGUUGUUUGUCGACUCGUUGUUUCUCCUGAAGUGACGUCGACUUGGCGUUAGCAGAUAUGUUUUCACGUGUUGUUCGUUUGAACCCAGAAACUUCUGUUCUAAUCUUGCAUUGUUUCAUUUAUGAAUCUAACACAAAAAUCGAUGUGCGGCUUGUUUUUUGUCUCAAGUCAGAAUCGGACUCAGUUUUCAGUUCAGUGAACUUUCCAUAGAAACUUUCAGUUCUGAAGAAUGUCUUCAUUAUCCUGCAAACAUACAUCUGUAAACAAACGUAAAUCACAGUCAAACUCACUGUAACCACGGCAACAUUUUACUUCCUGUUUCUGUCAAAGUUUCUGUGACAUUUUCCAAAAUACAAGCUUUUAUUUGUUUUGUUAGUUGUUUUUUGGGAGCGUAGUAAACAUGCUAACGCGAACAGUUGAGUUAGCGAACAGAAGGAGAACCACUGUGACAACGCGGUACUGAACGAGGGACGCCUCAGACUGAUGUGAUGACUGCUGACUGGAACCUGUCACAAACUGUUUUAUUUUGCCCUGUGUGUUGCCGCUGCCAUUUUGAAUGAUGUUUGCGUGUCGGCGAAAUAAAGUCAAGAUUUUUA